UUUCCUGUCUUUAUUUUACGCAUGCAUAUACAAACUUUACUAAACACAGCCUCUGUUUUCAUUGCGAACAGAACUUCACUUUGUUUUCAUCUUCUCUGUCUCUCUCUCUACAGCUUCUUUCUUGAUCAGUCCGCAGAUUUCUAGUUUUCUUUGUCAAAACUACUGUUUCUCUCUCUUUUUCUCUAGUCAAUAUAAAUCCUAAAUCAGCCAGCCGAUCCCACCAAUUGUUUUCUUUCCCAAACCUUCAGCACUACCCUCUGUCUGUUUCUUUCUGUGGCUGCAAUGAAUCCGUCACCGGAGCCGGCAACAGCCAUCGUCUUCAUCUUGCUUUUGUCAUGCAUCGCAUUCAUAUCAGUAGAAGGUACCUGCAGCGACAGGUGCGGCACCCUUGACGUCAAGUAUCCUCUGGGGACCGGCCCAGGCUGUGGAGACCCUCGCUUCCGAUCCUCUGUCUCCUGCCUCAACCAGCAGGAGCUCAUCUUCUCCACCCACACUGGCAACUACCCAAUCAAGUCCAUCGACUACUCCAAGUCCACCAUCACCAUCCUCGACCCUGGCAUGUCUACCUGCUCCUUCAUGAAGUCCUCACCCAACUUUGGCCUCGACUGGACUGCACCCUUCCAGCUUGAUAGCUCCAUAUUUGUUCUCCUGCACUGCAGCUCACCUUCUUCCUUGGUCUACAAAGGCAACCCUCUCUGUGACACCUCAAACUCACACAUAUGCUUCUCUCUGUAUUCUUGUCCUGGAAUUGUCAGCUUUGGUGUCCCACCCUACUCACAGGCAGCUGCUUCCUCCUGCUGCGUCUACUCACCUGUUAACUUAGGGCCAGCUGAUGAUAUCAACCUUAAUUCUCUUCAUUGCUCUACUUAUACUUCCAUCUUAUCUUUCGGCGAUUCGCCGACGGAUCCGACGCAGUGGGAGUAUGGAAUCCGUCUCAAAUACAACUAUGGUGAUGAUGGUAACAUCCCUAGUGUUUGUGGUGAUUGUGAGAGGAGUAAUGGCGUCUGCGGAUAUGCCAUACCGCGAAAUACAUUCGUAUGUGCGUGCCGCAAUGGGGUUAAUACUACAUCAACUUGUUAUGGGCAGGAAGGGUUUUGGUCUAGCAGUUCCAGCGAUUUGGCAGUGUUCACUUCCAUGAUAGUGGCCGUUUGGAUCACAGUUCUUGUGACAGCAUUCCAGCAGGCCAUGUGAGAGCAGAGAAGGUUGAAUAAGAAAGCUUAAACUCUCUCUCUCUCUCUCUCUCUCUCUCUCUCUAAAUGUGGAUUAUGGGUGGCAUCCCAAGACCAAGAACUGUAAAUCUGUAAUUGGGCAAUAUUAGAGGAUGUUAGUGUGGAGCCCAUAAGUAGAAAUAAUGCCAACAGUGUCGGCCAUGAAAUCUUUGGCCGAUUCUUGAUGGCACUUUUUCUUUUGGCCUUUUGAUCAGUAAGAAGUGACAUCGUUUUCAGUCA